AUGCAUCUUGGAAAUAGCGCCGUUGAGGGAGCUACUUCCUAUCGUCCGGGGACAAAGAGAGAGGCUGUUUCACAAUCCAUCGUGCCAGUCUCUGCAGGGAAGUUUCUGCGGGUGCUGCCUUGGUCGCCAAGUGUCGACCGAGCCAAUGGAGACGACCUGGACGGAACUCGGGCCUCGAUGCCAGCAGAGGCCACCACAUAUUCAACACUGAUAAGAGACGGUCGACGACAGGACAUUGGUUCUGGGAUCUAUAAUUCUCCAAGGUAUUCGCCAUUGGGUCUUGACAGCCCGGUGAAUCCGGGGGAGGUUUCAAACCCAGAGAGGAUCACCAUCGGUGAACUUGGAAGGGGGAAGGAGAUUCGGAUCUAUGGAGUGAUACAUCUGCAGGACGUCAGUUAUUGA